AUCGCCGCGGUUGCUAAGGAGCGCGUCACUGAUCGCCGCGUGACGUCACGACGCCGCUCAAUCGCCUUGGGACGCCGCCAGGGUUUUUGUCGACCUGGGCCCAGCGUUGAUCGCGAUCGUUACCGUCAAUUAUUAUUAUUAAUCGACGUCGUUUGUCGAUAAUUACGUUGUAAACGGGUAGGGCAGGUGCGUGUUGUUGUUGAGAGGAAGAAAGCCCCAAGCCAGCCUCAGACGAAGAGAGAGAGAGAGAAGCGAGAAUCUCCCCGGCGGCAUGACGGAGAAGUGCGACAAAGCUGAGUCCAUCCUCAAAGGCUUCACCCUCAACUGGAUGAACCUGCGGGAUGCGGAGAGUGGCAAGGUGCUGUGGCAGGGCACGGAGGACCUGUCGGUGCCCGGGGUGGAGCACGAAGCACGCGUGCCCAAGAAGAUUCUAAAAUGCCGCGCGGUGUCUCGAGAAAUCAACUUCUCAUCCGCCGAACAGAUGGACAAGUUUCGCCUGGAGCAGAAGGUGUUCUUCAAGGGACAGUGUCUGGAAGAGUGGUACUUUGAGUUUGGGUUUGUGAUCCCCAACUCGACCAACACCUGGCAGUCGCUCAUCGAAGCCGCGCCCGAGUCGCAGAUGAUGCCGGCCAACGUGCUCAAUGGAAAUGUCGUAAUAGAGACUAAUUUUUUCGACGACGAAGUCCUCGUCAGCACCUCCAAGGUGCGGCUCUUCUACGUGUGAGCUCACGUUGGGCGUCGCUCACCACUCGCUUGCUCACUUAUUUACACACCUCUGCACUCAUUCAUUCAUUCACUCGCACGCUCGUUCACUUAAUUACUUAUACAUCUGUUCACCCGCUCGCAUGUUAACCCUCUCAGCCACUAACUCAUUGACUCACCCAGCCACUAACGCCCUCACUCGCUCACCCAUCCACUCACACCUUCACAUAUGUGCUUGCCGACACAUUCACACUGACCCACACACUCACACAUCAACGAAUGAACUUCCUCGCCACACACCAACACUUGCUCAAAUCCACCCACUCAUCCGCACACCCACCCAUCCAACCAGAAACCCACCCAACUAGAAACCCACCCAUCCACUCAACCACCAAACACAACCCCUGUCCCCCACGUCGCAGCAGCAGCAGCAGCAUCGGCAGCAGCAUCGGCAGCAGUCGCAAUUUAACACUUUUAAGUUGCGACUGUGGCCGUGACAUUCGCGCCAGGUGAGGUGGACUUCCUUCCCGCCCACUGCUUUGGGACGCACACAAAA